UUGUGACUGAUCGUGAGAACACCGAUUUUUAGAAUUUCAACAAACUGCAAUUGUGACGUCACUUUGACGUACUUCCUCAAGUACGUCAAGUUUGCUCAAACUGUUUGAUCAAAUUAUUUGAUGGUGAGACGCGGCCUUUAUAAAAACAGCGGAUAUUGAUACAUAUGAAAGGCGCCCGAAUCGUAAAAAUGGUCUUCGAGGGCGUCGUCCGUCGUAGCUAAGCUAUUUGAUUAUCUGACGCCUGAUACAAGUUAUCUUUUGUUGUACCGACUGGUUUCAUAAUGUAGGAUUCUGAUUACUGAGGCAUGUAAAAACAUUUUUUAGGGGAAUCGUAGCUGCAUCAUCUUUGUGUAAAGGUUCAAAACAAUUUUUUUCCAGUUUAAUUUUUUUUAUGGAUAGAUACUUAGACAAGGAAAGAGAGAGGACGAGUAAUCCUAUGACCAAAAGUGAAGCCAAACUGACACCAGAGAUUUUGAUCAUCGACGUAUCUUUGGGGUAUUGUUAUGCAUUGAGUAUUUAAAAUAAAAACAUGAAAUGUAUUUAAAAUGAAGAAUUUGUGUACGGUAAAUGUUUUAUUAAGUUUCUCAUAUUACGUACAUAUGUUUCAAUACAUACAUAUGUUUUUAUUACGAAUUUUAGAUGAUGAUUUACUUUAUUUUUUAUGAAAUUUUAACCUUCAACGAACACCCACCACUGGCAACCCAUUGUUAUUUUUGACGUGACCGCCAUGUUUCUGGUGACAAACAAACCAAAAACCGGCUUCACUUUUGGAACGUGUGUGUUAAAUGAGUGUUACCCGUCCUCUCUUUUUUCCUUGUCUAAGGAUAGAUAGGUACUAACGAAGGCAAAAGGCGUACCGGCCCGAGGGCCGGCGGGCCAGUCCAGGCCUGGUGACACAAAACAGCUGUUUACCAUUUAAUUGUGAAUCUGCUGAUGCUUUCAGUUUCCGUUCUCGUUCCCGUUUCCGUUCUCGUUCCCGUUCCCGGUCAAUUGUGCAGCCGCCUUCCAAAUCACACAACACACAACACUUUUUUCUAUGGCCUUAAAGUCGACAGCGACAGACAAAAGGUCAAAAUCUGUCAACAAAAUAAAAAAUUAAUAAUACAAAGCAAAUCAAAUGCAAUGGAAUGUGGAGGGCUAAGGAAUACGAUUUUAGAGGAUUAGCGGUUAAUUUGGUGUAUUGGGUUCCUCAAAAUUUAUUAAUACAGUGUUUUUGGCUGUAAAUAUAAAACCAUGAUAACUCAAUUUGGUAGGUAAAAUCAACUUUAAUUAUGGAAAUAGAACAAGAUGCUAGUGAGAGUGAGAAUGAGAAGACUUGUAAAAUAGAAAUAGAUGAGGCAUGUGAUGGUCCUUUGGAUGUCUUCAAAAUUGAAAUUACGGAAGAACCCAAGAGAGAAUCCGCAUACGACGCAUUUGAUAAUCCAGAUUUUAAUGAGUUCCCGGUAAAUCCUGAAAUAGAGCAAGGUGAAUAUAAAUUUACCCUAUCUGAAGAAAAGCAAACAAGUAAUGAAGAAAGUUAUCCCCAGGAGGAGGACAAAAUGAAAAUGGAGGAAGCUUUACGUUCACCUCAUCAGGAAAAAUAUGACGGUCAACAAAUCAAAGGAAAAAUAUUAAAUAAAAAUAGGAAAGUUGGGAUUGGGCAAAUACCUUACAAAUGUGAAAUUUGUUUUAAGCAAUUUACUUUUGCAAGUACAUUAAAACAACACUUACGAACACAUACUGGAGAAAAGCCUUACAAGUGUGAAAUUUGUUCUAAGCAUUUCACUACAGCAAGGAGUUUGAAAGAACAUUUGAGAGUGCACACUGGAGAAAAGCCUUAUAAGUGUGAAAUUUGUUUUAAGAAAUUUCGUGAAGCAGGACAUCUGAAACGACACUUACGAACACACACUGGAGAAAAGCCUCACAAGUGUGAAAUUUGUUUUAAGCAGUUUAAUCAAGCAGGUAAUUUGAAAACUCACUUAAGAUUGCACACUGGAGAAACACCUUAUAAGUGUGAAAUUUGUUUUAAGCAGUUUAUUACAUCAACACAUUUGAAACUACACUUACGAACACACACUGGAGAAAAGCCUCACAAGUGUGAAAUUUGUUUUAAGCAAUUUAGUCAAUCAAAUGAUUUAAAAAGACAUUUGAAAGUCCACACUAGAGAAACACUGUACAGGUGUAAAAUUUGUUUUAAGCGAUUUAGUGCAGCAGCAAGUUUGAAACGACACUUACGAACACAUACUGGAGAAAAGCCGUACAAGUGUGAAAUUUGUUCUAACCAUUUCACUACAGCAAGGAGUUUGAAAGAACAUUUGAGAGUGCACACUGGACAAAAGCCUUAUAAGUGUGAAAUUUGUUUUAAGCAGUUUACGACAACCGGUGAAUUGAAAUCACAUUUCAGAAGGCACACUGGAGAGAAGCCUUACAAUUGUGAAAUUUGUUCUAAGCAAUUUUGUCAUGUGCAAGCUUUGAAAACGCAUUUAAGGGUACACACUGGAGAAAAGCCUUAUGAGUGUGAAAUUUGUUUUAAGCAGUUUAAUCAAGCAGGUAAUUUGAAAACUCACUUAAGAUUGCACACUGGAGAAACACCUUACAAGUGUGAAAUUUGUUUUAAGCAGUUUAAUCAAGCAGGCAGUUUGAAAACUCACUUAAGAUUGCACACUGGAGAAACACCGUACAAGUGUGAAAUUUGUUUUAAGCAAUUUAGUGCAGCAGGAAGUUUGAAAACUCACUUAAGAUUGCACACUGGAGAAACACCGUACAAGUGUGAAAUUUGUUCUAAGCAUUUCACUACAGCAAGGAGUUUGAAAGAACAUUUGAGAGUGCACACUGGAGAAAAGCCUUAUAAGUGUGAAAUUUGUUUUAAGCAAUUUAGUAAAGCAGGAAAUUUGAACCUACACUUACGAACACAUACUGGAGAAAAGCCUUAUAAGUGUGAAAUUUGUUUUAAGCAAUUUACUACAACAAGUAAUUUGAAAGAACAUUUGAGAGUGCACACUGGAGAAAAGCCUCACAAGUGUGAAAUUUGUUUUAAGCAGUUUAUUACAUCAAAACAAUUGAAACUACACGUACGAACACACACUGGAGAGAAGCCUUACAAGUGUGAAAUUUGUUUUAAGCAGUUUAAUCAAGCAGGUAAUUUGAAAACUCACUUAAGAUUGCAUACUGGAGAAACACCUUACAAGUGUGAAUUUUGUUUUAAGCAAUUUAAUCAAGCAGGUAACUUGAGAGCACAUUUGAGAACACACUGUAGAAACCCCUUAGAAGUGUGAAAUUUUGUUUCACAGUUUUCUCAAACAAGUCAUUUGAGAACAUGAUACUAUGACAAGAAGAUAAAUCGACGCGCAUGAUGGUCUUGCAUCCCUAUCGCUCACUGUGAUGUAAACCAGAGACAACUUUCCUGGCGCCAAGUUGAAUUCUUUAUUUGUGUUCAUGUUCAUUCGUGUUAAUACAAUAGUUAUCUCUCACGUGUUGCUUCAAAACGUAUUGAAUGAGAUUUUUGUUUAUUCGUUUAUGUAGUAAAAACUUUUAUAUUAUAUAGUUAUAUAAUUUUUGUGGUGAAUACGUUAGAGACAAACGCAUACGUAAAGUGCGAGACAAAUUUAAUGUAGAUACCGAGAGAAUAUGCUCAAAACAUUUUACAGAAGCUGACUAUUGUUUAAAAGGAAAACUAUUGGGAUUACCUGACAACAAGUGGAAGUUAAGAAAUGAUGCAAUACCUUCUCUUCAUUUAAUAAAGACCCCAAGUGCUAAAACAUCGAUUGAAAAUACACGCAAAAGAAGAAUAAAGAUAAGAAAUGUAUUAAAAAACAUGUAAGUAUUUUGAUUUUAUACACAAUUUAACGAAAGACAAAAUGUUUCUAUAGAUACUAAUGGCCAUUUUAAUAGAACUCCGAAUUCGAAGUAACACUUUAUUUUUGAUAGCUCCAUAAAUAACUCAUUUUGGAUGUAUUUUUUACUACAUAUAUGGUAAUAAAAUGUGUUCUUUGUA